AUGAAGAAAUUAAAGACGUGUGCGAUACUUCGCAUAUUCAAGGUUGCCAUCAAUUACUUUCAUAAUGUCAAUGUUGGUGUGAGUUUGCUGAAUACAAGCCAGCAUUCUUCAGAAGUGCCAACGGAAGCUCAUAAAGAUUCAUCAACUACUUAUUCAUCAACGAUGACUUCUCAAAUGAAAUUAUACCACGGUAGAUCAGCCUGCAACACAAAACAAUCAAAAUUUUUUGACGCCUCUUCAAUUAUUAUCACAAUAACUCUUUCAAUAAUGUUGGCAGCGGCAUCGUCGUCGUCUUCAUCAUUAGUUUUUUCAAUGCAGUGCCCAAAGUCAUGCGCGUGUUGGGUGUCUGAAACAGCUGAAGAUGUGCAAAACUAUCAUGCAACCUGUGGUGGAACCAAAUCACCACUCAUUCAAAUCCCACCAAAUCUUCCCGGACAACUUACACAUUUAGAUUUAAGCUACAAUAACAUUGAGGAAAUCAAAUUGAAUUCAGCGUUAAUUAAUUUAAAUGAUCUUCGUCACUUAAAUCUGAGUCACAAUCAAAUAGGAUCGAUUGAAGAAAAAGCGCUGAGCGGUAUGAAAAAUCUUCAAAUUUUAGAUUUGAGUCACAAUCAGUUGUCAACUUUUGAGCAAAAAUAUUUUGCUGUACAACAACAACAGAAUAACAAUAAUAAUAACAACGGCAACAACGAUGGUGAGGAUAGCAAAUUGUUCAACGAUGAUGGUUUGUACGUGCCCGAUCACGUAGAUGCCGACGACUACAAAGAAGACGAAGAUGAAAAUUAUGACACCACAGAAGCUAGCGUCUCGAAAAACUUGCGAGAAAUCGAUUUAUCGAAUAAUAAAUUAACUGAUGUAGAUUUGGCGUUUAUUGAAAUGUUGCGAUUAGAAAAAUUAAAUUUAGAUGGUAACAAACUUAAUCGAUUGACCGAUUUUACUUUUGUUGGUCUAAAAAGACUAAAAUCUUUAUCUAUUUCGUCAAACAGCAUUGAAGAAAUUAGUGACAACACUUUUACAAAUUUUUGCAACAACCUCAUCAGUCUAAUAAUGCGCAACAACACACGUCUUAACAAGUUGACUCAUUUGAACAUUUCAAAUUGUCAUCGUUUAAAUUAUUUAGAUCUUUCAGACUGCAAUCUUCAACUCGUACCCCAAGGUUUAUCUCAAUCGUUGCGCUACUUACAACUAAGAAGAAACAGAAUAAAUGAAAUAGGUAAGUUGGAUUUCCAGCAGUGUAAUGGGCUGAAUAUUCUUCUACUAGAUGGUAAUAACAUUCAGAGUCUUCAUGAUAAUUCCAUUGAAGUUCUUACCAAUUUGCAAAAUUUGUGGCUGAACGGAAACCAGCUGAAAAAACCUCCCUUCAGGAUUCCCUCAUCUCUGACUCGCCUUCUUGUCGAUGACAAUGCCAUCGAAGAAUGGUCAGUUGAUAAUAAUGGUGACCAGUUAAAUAACAGUUUAUCGUUUUUGUCAUUAACCGGCAAUAAAAUUAAAGAAAUAAAUUCAGAAAGUUUUAAAACAUAUUCUAAUCUUGCUAAUUUAGAUAUCGGCGACAACAAAAUUGAAAAGUUGUUAGAAAAAUCGUUUGAAAACAAUAAAAAGUUAAAAGUUCUAAUUGUUAACAAAAAUCCAAUAAAAUAUAUAGACGACAAAUUUUUAGAUGAACUCCCUCAGUUGAAAUCGUUGUCAAUAAGUUACAUCGAAACUCCAAGUCAUUCGCUUGAUGCGCGAACUACUUUCUUGAAACCCGUGAACCUGACGUUGGAAAAUUUAGAAAUGGACCACAGCCCUUCUCUUAUCAGACUUAUGUUAACAAAUAAUGACCAAUCAAAAUAUCCCAGUAAACACCAAAAGCAACGUUUUUCCAUAUCUUCAUCCUUAAAAGCUCUGCGGUCAGUCAGCUUCGUAGGAGCAGACCUCACGACUCUCUCCAAAAACGACAUGCACAAUUUUCUUCCUCCUAUCUUAAGGAAUAUUAAAUUAACGAGCAACAAAUGGCAUUGCGAUAAAUCGUUACUUUGGUUUCGAGAGUUCUUGUUCACUCAAAAAUUUGAUUCAUCGGCAGGUCCAAAUGUUUGUUAUACUCCAAGAUUGCUCAAUGGAAAAUCUAUUCGUGAUCUCUCACCUGAUGAUUUUGUGCCAAUACAAGUGACAACAUUGAAAUCAUCAAAAAAUAGCAAUGCUCACAAAACCACUAAGAAAAGUUUACACGUUUUUAACAACAAUGAUAACAAAAACAUUGACAGAAAUGAAGGCAGAGAUUGGAAGAAACAUUCACCAACAUCAACAACAGCAGUCACAACAACUACCUCAACGACAAAAACAACCACAACAACAACCCAGUCAUUAAUUUCCGAAAACUUCAUUGAACCACAAUCACCAAAAAAGAAAAGCAAAAAUAAUGACAAAAUGAUACUAAGCAGCGAACACAACUUCAACAAAAUAAAUAGUGAAAAUUUUGACAUCGAACAAGUUGACUCGCAAUUUGAUGACAUCAACAGUGAGGACGAUACCAACAACAAUCUUGGUAAUGUUAAUAAGAAGGAUGAUGUCACAAAUCGACCAGUUGUGCACGUGACGGAUUUCAUGAAGCUACCAAACGGUGCAUCGUCAAAAAACAUAAAAGUUUUCGAAGAAGAAAACAAUGAUAAUAAAAACGGUAAGGAAAGCCAAAAUGGAGAUGAUGGUCCACAAAAAAAUAAUUUAUUUAGUGAAGUCGUUGAUCCGCAUUUUUCCAACAAUGAGAAAAACGUCGAUAAUCCAAUAAAUAAAUUUUUCCAAAGUCCCGACAAAACCGAUUCAAGACAAAGCACGGACACGCCAGAUGUUGAAGAAAUUAUUGACAAGCCCAUCGAGAACAGCAAGAUGGCGGUUACGAUAGCCAUCAUCAUCAUCAUCGCCACUGUCAUCAUUGCUUUAUUUAUCAUCUCCCUCAUCAUCAUCAUCUGCAGAAAAAAACGGAAGCAUUUUAAUUCCUCUGAUAACGGAUACGGCAACAAAGGAACGAUGAUGAAGUCGAAGCACAAGGAUGGCGUUCUAUAUUUCAGCACAGCGAGUGUCAACCAGGAUUCUUCAUCGCAAGCUGAUCUGCGCAGUUUCGUUGGCUCCUCGCGUCAUUCGGCUUCCUACGACAAGAGAUCUUUGGGGAUGGCUGACAACAACCGCUCAUCGCCGGCCAGCUCGGUAUCGAAGCACAACACCGAUGCACGACCGAGUAACGGUUAUUCCGACAGUGCAAGUAGAACCGGUUUCAACGGAUAUGCAGCAAACAACAACAGCAGUGUAAAUAACGGAUACUCAAAUGGUGCUAAUAAUUUUUAUACCAACAAUAAAACAAGAGCUUAUAGGUGGGAAGAGGUUUAGCACAAAAUCAAAUCGGAAGAUAAAAGUUCAACAACCAAUUUUUUAAAAUAAAGAAAUUGAAUUUUGAAGAACGAAACGUACAUAAGAAAUAAUGCAUGCAUUAAAUUCUUCCCGAAACAUACAUCCCACUCGUCGUUAAACUGGAGUCCCAAUCAAACGUUCUUAAUUGUACACACACACACGGAAACACACACACACGCACAUGUAUGUAUAUAUAUAUCUUAAGAAUUUAUAUAUGUAUAUAUAAUUUAUUAAUUGUUUUUAAUGGAAUUCAGAGUAUUAACAAACGCCUAUAUCUAAAUAUGUUGCUAUGUGUGAAUAACAAUUGAACUAUUUAACACGUGUAAAUAUCUGGUAACAUGUAACACGCAGACUUGUUUAGUGUUCACGCAAUCAAAUUUAUUAUGAAAUUACAUUAUAAUGUAAUCAUUACAAUGGUAAUCCACAUUAACAUUAACCCCCCCCCCCCCACACACACACAAACACACAAACACACACACACAAAUACACAAACAAACACACACAUAUAUGUAUUGUGCCUGCGCGUGUGCUUGCUGUGUUUCUUCGAUGUCAAAGAAGUACUGAUAAAAUAUGUUAACUGAAAUAUUACGAGCGUGUAUGAAAAAACAUACAACCCUGUAUAUCAAUUUCCUAUAUUUUCCAUUAAUCUAUUAAAAAGUUGUUUGUAACAUUUUGAAUGCCAGGAAUAUUUAACAAGUUGCAUUCUUGGCUACUGAAACGUACACCAACAACAUGUUUAUUGUCUAUGGUAACAACGUGACUUUGUUUAAAUGUUUGUUUAUUUGUAUUGUUGUAUAAUGGAAUAAUAUAUGUAAUUAUUAAUUAUAUAUACAAUCAUAUAUAUAUAUAUACAUAUAUAUAAGUGUAUGAUUACAUAUGUAUAUAUAAGUAUAUGUAUGAAUUUUUGCCAGUUGCAUAGUUAGUUGUGCAUUGAAAGGCAUGGUGGCGUUGUUGUUUGUGUUGCUGGACGACCAACAGCAAUGAUUGAUUGUUGUUGUUCGUCUGAGAAGACCUAUUCAUUUCUCAUCUGGAAUACGCUCGUCAGUUUUUUUUAGUAAACAAAAUGAUGGAUUGGAAGAAAUUAUGACGUAAUGAUCAUCUGGUGAUGUAACGGUGAGGUUUGUAGUGAUGACAUGAUAUAAUGAUGACGUAAUGAUGAUGAUAAAUUUUAUUUUGUUGAUGCUUCUAUAGUUGUAGAUGAUGACAAUGAGAAUGAUGAUGGUUGAAUAUCAAUAUAACGGUUACGGUUGAUGAUAAUGAAAAAUAUAAAAAUUGUUUUCAAUGAUAAAUUAUAUGUGGAAUUUUUUAAAUUUUAAAACUUGAAAUGUUUAUUUCAAAUGAAAAUUUUGUAAAUUUUUUAACGAUUGAUGAACAGAAAAAUUUCAAAUUUAAUUAUUUUUCGUUUUUAAAUUUUUUAAUAAAAUUUUUAAUUAAUUUCAUUUUCAAUUUCUUGAAAUAAAUAAAAAAAUUCAAAUUGUU